CUUUAUUUCUCUGCUUCUAUAAUCUUAUUUUGUAUAUUUUCUUAAGUAAAAUAAGAAAAUGGCAAGCUUAAGUGUGGGAGUGGCAUGUGUUUUGGUAGUUGCGAGCAUGGUCGUGCCAAGCUUGGCCACAGUUUACACAGUGGGUGACACCUCUGGGUGGACAAGUGGCGUUGAUUAUGGCACAUGGACUAAAGGCAAGACCUUCAAAGUUGGUGAUACCCUUGUCUUCAAUUACCCAACCAUGCAUACAGUGGAUGAAGUAAGUUCAAGUGAUUAUAGUACAUGCACCGUGGGUAAUGCAAUAAGAUCAGAUAAGAGUGGAGCCACCACUGUCACUCUCAAGACUACCGGAACUAUUUACUUCAUUUGUGGUGUUCCCGGCCAUUGCACCGAUGGCAUGAAGCUCGCCAUCAAAGUUGGGUCCGGCAGCUCAACAACAGCGACGACGACAACAACAAACUCGGAUUCAUCGUCAGCUUCACCGAACCGAUCGCCAUUUGCGGCUUUCUUCACAACUUGGGUUGCGUCAUUAGUUAUCCUGAUCAUAAAUAUAAGCGUCAUUAGUUUUUAUUGAGUAUCAUUGUAAUUUUCUUUAUCAUGAACUUGAAUUAACCCCUUUAUAUAUUACAAUAGCAAUCGUAUCAAAUAAAUUAAACUCAGUUUUAAAUUA